GAGAGAACCCAAGUUACACACACUUGAUCAACUAUCUAAGGGUGUGAAACACACAGCAUUGAGACUGUGAGAUCGAGCUAUAGUGACAGCCAUGGCAAUCAUCAGUAGCAAAGCUUGCCGUUGUUUGCUACUCGUCUCCUUUGCCUUGCUCCCACUCAGCAUGGCCAUGGAUCCCCUUGGCAGCUACUGCUCCGGGAACAGCUUGGCCGGCAGCAGCAAGGCCGUGGCCAGCAUCAACUCCGUCCUCACCGACCUCGUCACCAAGGGCUCCACCGGUGUCGGCUUCGCCACGUCCACCGCCGGGAAAGGCAACAACGUCAUCUACGGUCUCGUGCAAUGCCGCGGCGACGUCUCCACCAGCGACUGCCAGGCCUGCCUCGCCUCCGCCGCCAACCAGAUCCUCACCAGCUGCAACUACCAAUCCGACUCCAGAAUAUGGUAUGACUACUGCUUCAUGCGGUUCGAGAACGAGAAUUUCUUCGGGCAGGCUGACACGGACAACGGGGUGAUCAUGGAGAACGUGCAGGCGAUGGACAACGCCAAGGCAUUCCAGAAGGCGGUGGGGAAGGUGAUGAGCAAGGCGACGGCACAGGUGUCACAGGCGGGAAGCGGCGGGCUGGGAAGGGUGAAGGACCAAUACACGCCAUUCAUCAAUAUCUACGGGUUCGCACAGUGCACGCGGGACCUAUCGCCGCUGACAUGUGCACAAUGCCUAUCAACGGCGGUGUCCAGGUUCGACCAAUAUUGCGGCGCGCAACAGGGAUGCCGGAUACUCUACAGUAGCUGCAUGGUGCGCUACGAAAUUUACCCCUUCUAUUUUCCGCUCGCCACCAGUAGCACCGCCACUACCGACAUGACAAAGUAUACCAAGACCAUCGUGCACCACUAAGAACUACCUACACAUACAUGGUGAUGUGCAUGCAUGCUUGUACGCAUACACAUCACAUACUAAAGUAUAAACUAUAGUACAAUGUGUGUGGAGACGUUUGAUUAGCAUGCGGUUCAUGAAUAAUAUAAGGCUAUAAAGUGUAGCCUUAUUAGCAUACUAUAACCGGGAAUAAAAUGUGUACUAGCAAAGCAAUGUACACACGUUUGUGUGGAGCAGUAAUAUUAUCGAAGUGUUAAACUUAUAUAUUAUGUGCUACUGAAAAUUGAUCUUCAA